AUGUCAGUAGCCACGGCUUUACGAGACGACACAUCCAGCGCUUCCUUAGCGGCAGCCUUUGUCAACACCUUCUGGGCCUUCCCUCGAGGGUGGCGCACCGCGAACGAGUCCACAGGGCUCAUGGAAGCACAUGAUCGCCAGGACGUGUGUCCCGUUGCACCCGGCCAGGUGCAAAUGGCUGCUUCCGACCUAGACCAUAUGCACCACGACAGAAUGAUGUCAACUAAAGACUUCCAACUGACGCGGCCAGCAUCUUUAUGUUCUACCAAACUGCUGGUUGAAUCGGCGCCGUCGUACGUGGUAAAGGAGGGACAUCCGCACAGAUACGAGCAUCCCACUCGAGCUCAGUCCUCGUCUCUGGGGUCUACUCAGCGCCUCGACCUUAGUAAGGGCAAGUCACGGUCUAUAGGCCCUAGGAUUGCCCAGGAGCAUGAAUCGGGUUCGGGUGGAAGCAAUAGAAGUAGCUAAACCAUUGAGAAGGCACGAAGAGAGUCACCAAGGUGAAUUCGCCGCAACUGGAGCGCAAGAGAGCCAACGACAGGAAGGUCCAACGAGCUAGGCGGACGAAGACAAAGGAACACAUCGGGAGACUCGAGCGAGAGAUUGCGGUGCUCAAGGGCAAGGGCAGUCGCGAGAGGAUCGUCCAGGAGC